AUGAAUCGAAGAGGAACGGACCUUAUUAAUACAUUACUAAAUGAAAAUAAUAUAGCAACUACACGUAUUGAUACACAUACUUCUGGCUGGAAUUACCAGCAAAGAGAGUUUAAGAAAAAGAAUAUUAAUGGAACAGAAUGUAAUGUAAAUGAAUUAAAUUAUUGUAUAGCAAAUUACAAAAAUAAUUGUACUGCAAUUUAUAAUAUCAGUAGUAUUUCAAGAAUGCAAGAGCUGACAGGACUUAAUAGUUCACAAUAUAUUUCUAAAAGAUAUGAUGAAUUUUUAAAGGAUACUAUUGAUGUAUCUGAAUACUACUAUUUAGAAUAUAUCGGCAACAAAACUUCUGAAUUAUGUAAAGAAUGGAGUUAUUUUAUUUAUGAUAAGGGAAAGAAUUUUAUUUAUAUGUUAGCACAAGAAUUCAAUUUGAUGGGAACAGAACGUACAAAUAAUAUUAGAAAAUGGAAACAAUUUAAGGAAAAAUUAGAGAAUGACACAUUAACACGAACAAAUCGUACAUGUAAUAUAAAGAGUUAUUAUCCUAAUGACACUGAAUAUGAAUCUACAACGUUACCUUUUGUAAUUACAACUAUACCUACAUCUACAAAUGCACCUACAACUAUAACCACAUCUAAACUUACACCUACAACUGUAUCUACUACUAUACAAGUCACUACAUUUACGCCUUCAACUACACCUGCAUAUGCACCUACAUCCACAACUAUGAAUGCAACUAUACCUACAUCUAAAAACGCACCUACAAUUGAAUCUACAACUACACAAGCCACUACAUCUACGCCUUCAAUUACACCUGCAUAUGCAUCUACAUCCACAACUGCGAAUGAUACUAUACCUGCAUAUGCACCUGCAUCUACAACUACGACUGCAACUAUACCUACAUCUACAAACGCACCCAUAACUAAAUCUACAACUACACAAGCCACUACAUCUACAACUGCACCUGUAUCUACAACUAUACCUGCAUCUGCAACUACACCUGCAUCUGCAACUACACCUGCAUCUACAAACGCACCUACAACUGAAUCUACAACUACACAAGCCACUAAAUCUACAACUGUACCUGUAUCUACAACUAUAUAUGCAUCUGCAACUGUAACUGCAAUUACACCUGCAUCUACAACUACAUUUACAACUAUACAAGCCAAUACAUCUACUACUACACCCAUUGCCGCACCUACAUCUUCAACUAUGCAAGCAACUGCACUAAUAUCUACAAAAGGGUUCUCAACUGCAUCUGUAAAUGUAUCAAAAACUCAAAAUACAUCAUUACCCACAUCUAUAUUAAAACCUACAACUACAUCUUCAUCUACAACUGCACCUACAACCACACGUACAUCUACGCCUACAUUUAUACCUUCAACUACAUUAAGUACUAUUAUUCAUAAUAAAAGUUAUGGGAAUAUAUCUUCAGGUAUUUCUAUUAAAAGUUCGUUUACGGUAACUAAAUCUACAAUUAUUCCUCUUUCAGCUACCUUGGGACCAUUUUUGGGAAUUCUUCUCCUUUUUAUAUUUGUGUAUAGAUGCACUCCCAUUGGCUCGUGGUUUGGUAACCGUAGAUCAAAGAAAAAAAAAACACAGAAAAAAAAGAAACAAAUACAAGUAGAUAGUGAAUCAGUAUUCCCAGAAUUUUCCGAUAAAAAAUCAGGGAUCAAUAUGAAAAACUUUCCAAUAUGUAAUGAGAAAAACAGUCCCACAUGCGAAAUUGCAUUGGAAAAUGAAAAUAACGAAAGAAAUAUGGAAACAAAGAGCAAUAUUGUAGAAAGAAGGAAAAAGUGGAAAUGGAAAGCUGUAAUUGAAGUACAUAUGAUGGUAUUAGAGGAAUUCCAAAAAGAGGAGUGGGAAUUGAAUAGAAGAGAAUUUCUAAAAAUUUGUUUAGAAGAAUUUAAAGAAGACAUAUAUUCGGAUGUAAUUAAUAGACACUUAACUAUGGAAGGAGAUCAAGAAAAAAUUACUAGUAUUUUUUUAGAACAAAAGCCCCUAUGGAAAAUGUGGACAGAAAGGAACAAUAAGUUGAUAGAUAAAUGGAAAAAGGAACAUUGGUUUAAAAAUUUAAAGAAAGAAUGGAAAAAAGAGGUAAGUAAAUAUAUGCCAUUGAUAAAAAAAGAAGAAAUGAUGGAAGGCAAAGAAAAGGGAGCAAGUAAUCCCAUACUAGAGAGACAAAAAAUAAUAUGGAAGAAAUGGAUACAAAGGCAAAAUAAGUUGCAUAUUUUUGAUGACGAAGAAUUGUUAAAACAAUUGUCAAUAGAAUAUGAAGCAGAAGAAGAAAUAAAAAAAAAUACGGAAACAAUAGAUAGAGAAAAAAUAGGAAUGGAAAUAGAGAAAAAGGAUAAAACAUUUAAGGAUUCAAACAAAAAUGAAUUAAUAUCGAGAUUAAGGAUAGAGAUACACAUGAUGGUGUUAGAUGAAUGCAAAAAAGAGGAAUGGAUAAGGAACAAAAAAGAAUUUUUUAAAACAUGCAUAGGAGAAUUAAAAUUACAGGAUAAUUCCGAUAAAAAAGAACUUUUAGAAAUAGAAGAAGAAAUAAUGAAAAGCAUUACAUUAAAAAAAAAAAAAGAGGAAUUAGAGAAAUUUAGAAAAGAAAAAUGUUUUAUUGAAUUGAAGCAAGAAUGGGUAAAUAAUGAGAAGAAAUAUAUGGAAGAAGUGAAUAAAGAAAACUUAUUAAGAGUUGAAGAAAGAAUUGAAAAUCCCAUGUUACAAAAGCAAAAGAUUAUAUGGAAGAAACAUUGGGAAGAGAUACGUAAAAAGCUAGAGGAUGAAAAUAAGAAAGAGUGCCUUAUAAAGUUGAUGGAAGAAUUAAAGAAAAAAGAAACCGAUAUAAAAGAAAUAGAUAAAAUUAAUAAAGCAGAAAAAAAUAUAAAAGAGGAUGAAAUUGAAAAAGAAAAAAAAAAAGAAGAGUAUAUACAAUUAGAAAAAAAAGAGGAAACAAAAAUGAAACAUGUGGAAAGAAAGAUAGAAAAAGUAAGAAAAAAGAGUAAUUAUAUGACAUUGAGAAAAAAGCCGAAGAGAAAAACUAUAAUAGAAAUACAUAUGAUGAUAAUGCAGGAUUGUAAAGAAGAGGAAUGGGAAUUAAACAGAGUAGAGUUUUUAGAGAUUUGCUUGAAUGAAUGGUUAAAAAAUGAGGGAAUAAUUGAAAAUAUAAAUGACAAAGAAGUCACGUUAAAAGAAGAAAAAAAAAGCAGUAAUGUAGCAUUAGAAAAGCAGAAGAUGUUAUCAAAGAAAUGGAUAGAAAAAAGAAGAAGGUUAUUAGAAAAAUGGAAAAAGGAAGAAUGGUUUAAAAAUUUGAAAGAAGAAUGGAGAAAGGAGGAAAAUAUGUAUGCGAAAACAAAAGAUAAAUUAGAAUUCAUGGAUAGAAAGGAUAAAAUAGAUAGUAAUACUACAUUAAAGAGGAAAAAAGAAAUAUGGAAGCAAUGGCUACGGAGACAAAGGGAGGUAUUUAUGGAUUAUUAUAAGGAGAGAUGGUUUACAAAGUUGUUAGAAGAAUAUGAGAAGGAAGAAUAUGAAUUUAUAAAAGAAGAAAACGAGGAGAAUGUAGAGGAAAAAAAAAAUAACUUAGAAAAUGAGAUAAGAGAAGAGGAAAUAGUAGACAUAAAGAAAGAAGUAAAUAAUAAGAUAAAGAAGGAAAGGUUAAUAUCUAAUAUGUGUGCAGAUAUACAUAUGAUGGUAUUAGAUCAGUGUAAAAAGGAAGAGAUAGAAUCCUUGACAAAUGAGCUUCUUAAGUCAUACAUAGAACAAAAGAGAAAACAUGAAGCAUCUUGUGAACAAGAAAUGGGAAAUAAGAAAGUAGAUGAAAUAGAAAAAGAAAGAGAAAUGAAUAUUAUGAUAGAGAAGAAGAAAGAAAAAUGGGAGUGUUGGAAAAGAGAGGAUUGGUUUCAGGAGUUGAAGUUGGAUUGGAAAAAGAAAAUGAUACAUAUGAAAGAAAUAACGGAUGAUAUAAGAGAAAAAGUAAUAAAUCCCAUGUUGGAAACACAAAUAAUUGAGAAAAAGUGGCAAGAGAGGCAAAGAAAUAUUUUAAAGAAACGGAAUAGACAAAAUGUACAUGAAAGAUCAAUGAACAACAACAAAGAUGAAGAAGCGAUAGAGAAAGAAAAUGAUGAAGGCGACUUAAAAAAAUGGGAUAUUACAAUAUUAUAA